AUGCCACGAACUCAAAAAUCGCUGUACGCGAACGAGGGGAUCAGAGAGUCGUCGGGACAGCAACGUACCACCAACGCCAACUUAACGUCCUUUGAACAUGAACGUGUUCAACAUGACAAUAAUCUGGACCCAACGUCUGGUGAUUCUCCCGGGAAUCAGGAACCCGUUUUCGGCCUUCUAGACCCUUCAAUUCUCCUUGAAGGUACACACGCACGCAGUGAGCCCGCACUCAGGGACUGGCAGAUGGCGCAAGCUAAACCCUGGCCAGCCAUACCCGGCGAGAAUUUGGAUUGGGAUUUACAAUUAUACUCUAACGACUUCACGAAUCCCCUCCACGACGACCUGACGGUUGGGCAUGCCCAAACAUAUCACCGAGUGGACCUCCGACACCGAUGCAAAACGGGGGUUUCAGAUGACCCCAAUUCUGCAAUGGGAAUGCCGGAAAAGGCAGCCCCAGUGAGAACUGGCAUGGAUGAGCUUCUGCGGCUGCAGUGCCACUUGAGCAAUCUAUUGACGGGCGCAAGUGAACCAGCCACACCCCGCCAGCCGGCCCUGGAUGAAGUGAUGAUGGCAUGUAAAGAUCUACUAGAGUUGCUCCAAGGUCGACAAUUGAACUGCAGUAGGCCAUCCACUCCCGAGCAUCCUCACGGCAAACCCUGUCCCGCCGCGUUAGACCCUCUGAGGAUAAACUACAUUUCCGCAUUGCAGGUGGCUACGUCUUAUGCAUAUACCCUGGAGCUGCUGGAUCUCGCGGUGGAUAAUCUCAAGACCCGAGUUGGGAAUUUAGCGCUCGUCAGCCUGGGCAUCUUCAAUCUUGCGUCACAGCCGGCAAUGAGCAUCUCUGUAGGGGCUUACAUGAUCUCCAGCAUGAUUCAUCAACUGCGCGAUGCCAUCAGCCUUCUGACGCUUGAACACAGGGGGAAGCCGUCACCGCACGUAUCAUCUACGGGCGGGUUGCAAGCAGCCACUACAACAGAUUCAAUACAAGCUGCUGUGAACAUGGUUCAUGAGAUGGAGACUUCUUUACUGGAGAAGUUGUCACAAGUGAUGAACAAUCCAUUUUCAGGGUCCAUAGCACUCGGAGUGGGUGGGAACCAUAUGUCCGAACCCCCAAACCUUGGCCGUUCGAAGGCAGAGCCCGACUAG